AUGGCUGAUUUUGUUCAUAUUGAAAGACCCGGUGUCGAGAUUGAAGAACCCCGAGGACCAUCACCAGUGAAAGAGCCAGCACCUUCGGAAGGGUUGGAUUUCCUAUCUUUGCACCCAUUCGUGAGGGACUCGGUGCAGGAUAAGGUCUUCGGUACAAUAAUCGGGUCAGCGCUGGGCGAUGCCAUCGGGCUGUACACAGAAUUCCUUACCCAGGAUGCUUCCAAGACAAUUUAUUCCACGAGGAAGUUCCAGCUCGUGGCACCGACGACCCCUAUGUAUGCAGACAGUCAUCGCAGUAGUGUCUGUGCCCCUUACAUCGGCAACCCCAUACACCAAAUACGUGACAAGCGAGGUAUUGACCACCCCCAGUGCGGCUGGACCGACGAUACCGACCAAGCCCUCCUAAUCAUCUUCUCCUACCUCCACAACCGCGGCACCCAAGGCCUGCGCGCCCUCGACAGACUCCCCAUGGGCUUAGGCGCGCUCGUGGGAUCUGUAGUUGGAAGGAAAGAAUUCCUCACCACGCCGACCAAAAUGGCAAUUGCGGCAUGGAUCAAGUCAAAACGCUCCAAUGCCCCUAACGGUAGCCUAAUGCGGACCCACCCGAUCAGUGUUAUUGGCGUGGGCCUCACGGAAGAGGCGACGUGGCGCGCGGCGACGGAGGUUGGGCGCACGACGCACGCGGAUCCGAGAUGCGUUGUCUCUUGCUGUAUUUCAGUGGGCCUGAUCAGGGCAAUGCUGCGCGGAGAGGUGCGGAAGGAGGAGGAUGUGGAUGCGUGUAUCGAGCGGUCGUACGCGUGGGUGAAGAGUCAGCCUGAACUCAUGAAUCCAGGCGACGAGAAGGGGGCUCUAACGCCCGAGGAGAUUGAGCGCCAUCUCGAGCGGACGGAGUUCGAGAAACAUGUCUAUGCCAAGACGUUCGAGGAACUGGAUCUAGAUUCGCGCGCCGCGAUGGGUUAUGUGUACAAAUGUCUUGGUUCUGCGGUCUUGACGCUACGCUUUGGAAUGAGGGAGUCUGCGAAAGGGUCAGUGGUAUCAGCGGAGGUCUUUGAGAACUUGAUCACGGAUCUGAUCAUGUAUGCUGGUGACGCGGACACGAAUGCGGCCGCGGCUGGGGCACUUCUGGGGUGUUGGCUUGGGUUCUCAAGGUUGCCGCCAACGUGGGAAAGGGGACUGGCGCAUCGGGAGUGGUUGCUGAACAAGGUCGAGAGGUUUAGUAAGAUGGCAGGUGUCACUUUGAGAGCGGCUGGCGCGGAGGACACGCCUGAAGCGGAUGAAGAUCCUCAGGGUGGUAAACCACCAAUGACCCAAGCACAGAUGGACCAAAGAGAUCGCAAUUUCGUAACUCGGCAGAUAGAGCAGGACGCGCAAAGGAAAGCGCAGCUGGAGAGAGAAAAGCAAAAGAGGAAGUUCAGCGGCUGGUUGAAAGGAAUGAUUGGAAAUGAAGCAUGA